AUGGCCACUGCCAUCCGCUGGAUAUUGCGCGGCGAUCUGGAGGGUCCUUGCGAAGGCGUUCCGGACAUCGAUGUCGACAGCUUUGUUACCUGUGUACGCGCCGCGGAAAGUUACGAUGGAGGCAUAUCGGAAGCGCCUUAUCACGAGGCGCAUGGUGGGUUCACCUGUUGUGCUGUUGCCGCUCUGUACUUUCUCGACCGCCUACCUUUACCGCCGUCUCAGAAACCGGAUGGAGUCGUUCGCGGUAUUUCCAACCUCCCACACACUCUCAAGUGGCUCGUCUCUCGACAAACGGCUACAUUGGACAGCGAUGAUGGCCUCGAUACACUGAAUGACGAGACCGAUACAUCAGAAACGUGUCAUGACGCACAUUCAUUCGUCAAACUGGGUUCUUUCAUAUCGACACAGGGGGAGUCGAACAUGAAGGGACAGCCGCACCCGCAUUUUGAGCUCCAGUGGGUCGGCGUGAACGGGCGAUGUAACAAGGUUGCCGACACUUGUUAUGCAUACUGGGUGUCAGCGCCGCUGAAGCUGCUUGGCUAUAUGGACAUCAUAGAACAGAAGCCCAUCAGGAAGUGGUUGCUUGACAAGACGCAACACAUUGUCGGAGGAUUUGGAAAGGUGACGGGAGAUCCACCGGAUAUGUAUCACUCAUUCCUGGGCCUCAUGGUGCUGGCCAUGUUUGGCGAGCCUGGCCUGCAGAGUGUCGACGAGGCGUUGUGCAUCACGACUAGAGCGAAGACGCAUCUCGAGUCGUUGUCGUGGCGGAGGAAGAUCCUAAGCCAGGCAGAGGCAGACAGAAGUCUAGUAGAUCUUGUCAGCGACAAGAUGUAA